AUGAGCAGGAUCAUCGAGGACGCCGAAAUCGCGAAGAGCCAUGAGCCUGCCGCCCCGACGCCGCUCGGCGAAAAGGAGAUGGAGCUGAUCGAGGCCCCGAUUGACGGCGCCGAGUCCACCGCCGCCGACGACGAGAAGCCCACCGAAGAGGACCUCCGCACCCUCUUCCGCGUCUCAGGCAAGAUCCCGUGGACCACGUACACCAUCGCCUUCGUGGAGCUGUGCGAGCGUUUCUCGUACUAUGGCACCACUAUUGUCUACGUCAAUUACAUCCAGCAGCCCCUCCCGGCUGGCUCAAACACGGGUGCCGGCUUCGACGGCCAAUCUGGUGCUUUGAACCGUGGCCAGCAGACUUCCACCGGCCUGACCACCUUCAACUCUUUCUGGUCCUACACUUGCCCACUGAUCGGUGCCUACGUUGCCGAUGAGUACCUCGGUCGUUUCAAGACCAUCCAGUGGUCCAUCUUCAUCUCGCUCAUUGGUCACUUGUUCCUCAUCGUUUCCGCAUCGCCUGCUGUCAUCACCAAGCCGGACACCGCCAUUGGCAUCUUCGCCGUUGGUCUCGUCAUCAUGGGCUGCGGUACCGGCGGCUUCAAGUCCAACAUCUCGCCACUGAUUGCCGAACAAAUCACCGACAUCAAGCCAAAGGUCAUCAGAGACAAGAAGACCGGCGAGCGCGUGCUCUCUGACCCGGCCAUUACUGUUGCCCGCGUCUUCCUCUACUUCUACAUGAUGAUCAACAUUGGUUCUCUGGUCGGCCAAGUCUGCAUGGUCUUCGCUGAGAAGUAUGUCGGGUUCUGGCUGUCCUUCACCCUCCCCACCAUCAUGUUCUGUUUCUGCCCGAUGGUCCUCUUCUGGUGCAAGAGCAAGUACAGGACCACUCCGCCCAACGGUUCGGUGGUCGCCAAGGCCUUCAGGCUUAUUGGACUGGGUGCCAAGGGCCGCUUUUCUCUGAACCCCGUCCGCACUGUUACAAACUUCAAGAACGGCAACUUCUGGGAGAGUGUCAAGCCCAGCUCGCUCGGAGAUUCCAAGCCCGCGUGGAUGACCUUCGACGACGCAUGGGUUGACGAGGUCCGUCGUGGCUUCAAGGCCUGCAAGGUGUUCCUUUUCUACCCUCUGUACUGGCUGGCGUACAACCAGAUGACGAACAACCUGACCUCGCAAGCUGCUACCAUGACGCUGAACGGCGCACCCAACGACAUCAUCAACAACCUGAACCCGCUCUCUCUCAUCAUCUUCAUUCCGCUCGUCGACAACUUCCUGUACCCGGCUCUGCGCAGGAUGGGCAUCAACUUCACGCCUCUCAAGCGUGUCGCGGUCGGCUUCCUGAUGGCCACGCUCGCCAUGAUUGCGGCAACAGUUACGCAGUACUACAUUUACAAGCUGGGCGAAUGCGGUGACCAGAUGAACUCGUGCAAGGACGAGGAGGGCAACCAGAUCGAGGCGCCGAUCAACGUAUGGGUGCAAUCGCUGGCAUACAUUCUGAUCGGUUUCUCGGAGAUCUUCGCGUCCAUCACGGGCCUGGAGUACGCCUUCACCAAGGCGCCGCACAACAUGCGAUCGCUCGUCACGUCCGUCUUCCUCUUCCAAUCGGCAAUUGGCUCCGCGCUCAACCAGGCUCUCGUGCCGCUGGCUCUGGACCCGCUCCUCGUCUGGAACUACGCCGUCUCGGCCAUUCUGGCUGCCCUCGGCGGCAUCUUCUUCUGGAUCUGCUUCCGCAAGCUCGACAAGGAGGAGGACCACCUGAACAUGUUGCCCGACAGUGUGUACAACGCCAACGACAGGCGUCAUUCCAUCAUCGAGGCGGAAAAGGGCGAGGCGAAGCUUCAGGGAUCCGAAUAA